UUCUUGGUUUAUAACGCAUCAGUUCUGUACUGGAGGAUGGUAAGACCGUUUAUAAAACCUGGUUUCUGUGGCCAUGUGGUCGUAAGCCUCCAUGAAGUUAUAAAAGGAUUGCAGGCUGUUAAAGAUUUGGACUAUGAAUGGACGGCUGAAUUAAGGAUUGCUCUCGUUGAAUGUUAUUUGGAUGCUGGAAUGAUCAAGGAUGCGACAAUGUUUGCCUACAGUACAGCGGAAUAUAUUCAAAAUCAUGUUCCACACAUGUAUAAGAAGAUAUUUUCUAUACAGGUGUAUCAUAAGCUUGUGGAUUAUGUGAAAGUGUCUAAAGAGAUCAAAGGCUCCACCAAAUUGACAGCCAUUUACAGAAUUCAGAGAUUGAAAUCUCAACUUGAAGCCAAAGAAACUCCAAAAGACCUCUCAGCUCAGUUAAGUCAUAUCUAUCAGCUUUUAGCCUCUCCUAAAACAACAAGUACAUUGGCAAGUUCAGAUCGGGCAACUGGACUAAAAUCUCCCGCAAAAUCUGCACAGCUGACCGAGAGUGAAAGGCUUUCUUUGCUAUUGGAUAUAACCCACCUCGCCUUAGAGGCAAAGGAUACUGAACUGGCAUCAAACUGUGUUAAUGAUCUUCUGAAAGCGGAGCGAAUUGAUAAAGGAACAGCAAUGGAAGUUGAAUGUGUGGAAUCGGAACUCUCAGUACUGAAACUUGGAGCUAAGUCAGAGAAAUGCACCAAAGGCUUUGUAAAACAUUGCUUGAGAGUAAUUCAACGAAUAGAUGAAGUUCUGCAGAAUGCUGUACGUGCAAAGAACUGGAAUCUAGUCCAGAUGGUGUGUAUAACACAGUGGAAACUUUGCCUACCGUUGCUUCAACCCAAUUUGCGCAAAAAUAUUUCUAAACAACUGAACAAUAUGGCUUCAGUUCUCAGUGAUCUUGACAGUUCUUUGACCCAGCUCCGCUGUCAAGUUCAUAUAGAAAUAGCUCAGAUUGAAGAAGAUGAGGAACGGAUAGAGGUUGCCAAGGAGCAUCUUAAAAAAGCUUAUUCUCUCUGUAAUCAAGGAACAUAUGAAAAAUAUAUUACCAAUGAACUGCACCAUUUGCAAGUAUAUUCAGGAGUUUAUGACUCUCCUAAAGGGCUAGAGGAUCAAGUGAUCAAGAUGAUUGAACAGGUCCGAAGAAAUAGCAACUUGCAACACAGUCGAUCGUUACUGAUUAAGGCUGGACUGGCUUUGGCUUCUGAUGUUUUCCAACUGGUGCUAGAUGGUGAAAACGAGGCUAAAGUAUUUGUUGCCCAGGGUAACACAGGCUUCAUUGGGCUACUCGCUGCCAAGGCUCAGAAUUAUUUAAACUCUGUGCAACAAACACAUGGAUAUUUGGAACGACUUGAAAAUGUAAAUGAUAAAUUGAGGGUGAAAAUUUGGGCUGAUCUAGCUAAAGUUGCCCGAAAGCAAGAAGUUUGGGAUGUCUGUCGUACAGCUUGUCACUUUUGCCUAUUGUAUGAUGAUGGACGAUGGAAAAUGGAAAGAAUGUCUGUUGAAGAACUUGUGAAACCAAUGUCAAGUGUCUCAGACGGAAUUGUUAAUAAAUUAGACGGAAGUUUUACCAGAUCAGAGGGAAAUCUUGAUGAAAGUACAUCUUUACCAAUACAGUCCCCACACAAAGUAGGCCAUUCUUCAACCGCUUUAAUCAGAAUCCUUGCUGAAGUAUGUUUCAUUAAUGCAGAGGCAACCAUUCAGUUGUUAAAAUCACAAGAUGUUCAGUAUAACAACCAUGCGGUUUUCCCAGAAGGAAAACAGAAGGAACUUCAGGAAUUUGGAAUCAAAACUCUGGAGAGUGUUCCAGAAUGGAUAACCUACAGUAAUUGGAUAGAUUCUCUGUCAUCUUAUGCAACCAAGAAUUUUUUGCGAGCUGCAGAACUGGGCAUACAGAUAGGUGAUGCAUCCAUUGUGUGCAAUGCAGCUAUCUAUAUAUGGAACCAUAACAACCACCUACUUGUUGCUGGAAGAUAUAAGGAGCUUGUUGAAACAUUUCGAACACUACUUGAUGCAUUAAAGCAGACAGGACAUUGUGGGGAAACCAUCUUUUUGGUCAUGCUGUGUAACAGCUUAUGUCAGGGCUUGAUUCAACCUUGGAUACCAAGUCCUAUACCGACUGAAAAAAGAGAAGUUACAAAAAGUUCCAUUGCUGCUAACAUCAAAAAGUCAUCAUCAAAGAAAGCUGAAAAACCAAGUGUUUCACAGACUGUAACUGUUGAUCCUGAAGGUAUUCCUCAAAUAACUGAGGCUCUCCAGAUCUGUGAAUAUGUGUUGAAUGCUACAAAUGGAAAUGAACCCUCUGAUGUUGUUCCCAUUUCUGUGAGACAUCAGAUUGUUGUUACGUGGGUCAAGGUUAAACAGCUUCUUCAGCAACAGAUCGGGCCAAGUCUGGUAACGGAUGAUGAGCAGAGUAAUGAUAGCCAGGCUCCAAUGAUCCAGGCUCUUAUUGCUCUGGAGAUGUACUCUUGUAACAACAGCAACCUGAUGAAAUUUACUGUUCCCAGUCUUCCAGAGUUGGAGAAGCAAAUCUUAGACUGUACCUGGUCUGAUCAACUAUUAGAGCUGGAAGUAUGGAUACGUUUGAUGCAACUUGCUAACCAGAAUAAUGAUGAUUCAUUACUAAUGCGAUGUGCCCAGAAAGCAUUUGAAUUGAAUAUAAACACCGCUUCAAGCAUUGAUUCCAAGAUGCAUGAAAAGCGCAAUUACAAGGUUCAGCAAGAAUUGCUGAGUGUUGCUGCCUGUAUUAAAGGGCAGAGCUUGAUGAAGAAGGCAGCUGGAGACAGCGAAAUGCUUAUCUCUGCCAUUAGAACAUUUGAAUUGAGUGCAAGUUUUGGAGAAAAAGCUGGAAAUGUCAAACUUGUAAUGAGUUCAGCAAAACACUUCUGGAAUUCUUGUCUAUGUUUGAUACCAUCUCCUCUUGAAAGAGCUGUACUUGAAGAACCCGUUAAGUCUUUUCUAAAGGCUAUUCAAAAUACAUUUACCAAGAACAGAAAGCAGGAGGAAGAAAAAGAAGAAAUGAUUCAGAAUUCCAAAGUUAAACAACAAUCACUUCCUUUUGCACUUGGGGCAUUAUCAACAUCUGUUGAUGAUUCUGAUGAUGAUCCGAAGUUAAUGGCAGCACUGUGCGGUCUUUUAUUCCAUAUUUAUGUGCAUAAAGGAGAUUGGAAAGCUGGACUGAAAGUGUUAGAUGAUGGCAUUAGGGUUAUGCCCAGGUGUAAACAGAGGCUGCUUCUUUUCAAACAUAGAAUUAUGGUGAAUACAAGACUUGGUCACGGUAUCAGUAUGGACAUGCAGAAAUUGAAGGAUGACAGUGAAGAAUAUGUAUCUUACAUGUGGCAUCGUGUGGCGGUUUUCUCGAAAGACAUUACAGAUCAGUUAACUUGUUACCAAAAUUCAAUAGAUGUUCUGAAGAAUCCAGAAAGUAACUGGCAGAAAAUCAACCAACUGAUUGCAUUUGGUGAAUGGCUAUAUUGCAAUGGAUUUUCUCAAAGCGAUGCUUACUGCCAGUUGGACUGGGCUGUGGAUUUACUUCUGAGCAUGAAACCGACUUUAGAGAUCAAAGAGGAAGCAGAAGACCGCUUCGAAAAGGAGAAGCAAUCAAAAAAUGACGUCUUGGUUCCAACAAAACGUCAACAAUUGAUUGGCGUACAAUAUAUUGGCACUAACCUGUCCUUAGAAAACUUACAAGACGUAAGACAACUGGAAACGUUAGUGACUGCUCAAACAAUAAUGGCAAUAAUUGCAGGCCGUGAGUCAUGCAAGCAGCAUUGUUUAAUGGCGUAUGGUUAUGUUAUGUGCAUAUGGCAGGUAUCAUUGACAGCAGCAGAGACAAUUAUGAAAGAGUUAUCUAUGACUGCUUCUACGAUCCGUACUGACACAGGAAUGAAGUCAAAUAAAUCAAAGGGCAAGAAAGAGACAAUGUUGGAUACACAAGAUAAGGGCAAAUUAAAAAUGUUGCCUGCAAUGAUGCCGACUAAUCCAGAGGAAUGGGCAAAUUUUGUAUGCCCCAGUGAAGUUCGAGAUGUGUUUAAGAAGAGCUCAAGUUGCAGCUUGAUCAACAAGAAAAGUUUCCUGAGACCUACUUACAGUUUAUUCUACCUGGAUUUAUUAGUGAAGGAGUUGCAAGGUAUAUCAUAUACCCACCUGACAUUGCCGAUUCUUCAGCUGGCACACUUAAUAGCCAAUGACGUGUUGGAUAGCAAGAGUCUCUCUGACUUUUACCAUCUCAGGCUUGCCCAGAUAUGUUUGGAGCUGAAUCUAAGGCAAGCUGCACAGUACCAUGAAAAGAUACCUGGAUCAGUAUUUAUCUAUGAGGCAGAACGAACUAAAUGUCGGCAAGAAGUCGCUCAUUUGAAAGAUCGCCGAUUACACAUUGCAAAAGAAAAGCAAUUAAUUGAAACUGAAAACCUACCUGAAAAAGGUUCAAAAAAAGAACUGAAGAUGCAUAUUACAUCUCCAGUGAUGCAUCGCAAGAAAUUAAGUGGAGUUUCUGUGAUGGAUGUGUGGAUCAGUAAAGCAGAAGUCUUGCUGCAGCUUGCAUUUUACCAGCCUGCCAGAACUCUGUUAGCAGAGGCUCACAUGGUUGCAAAGGAGUUUGGAGACAAGGACAAUUUGGCAAAGGUCCUAUACCUUCUAGCUGUUCUAGCUAAUUGUGAAAAAAACCACGGUCAGGCUAAAUUGCUCUUGAAAGAAGCCGAAAGUAUUGGAGGAAAUGAAUAUUUCUGGUAUGACACAAUUAUCUGUCUAAUAUGCGCAAUUCAGGGAGAAAAUCAUGAGGAUUCAAAGGAACAGGUUUGCAGCAUCUUAAAGCAGGGCAUUGAAAAAUUUCAGUCUGUUUUAGAGGAAAAACCUCAUCGACAUGCGGUUCUUAAAUUUAUGAUUACUUCAAUGGAAGCCAAAUUCAAAUUUAGCAGACCCUGUAUCAGCCAAUCAAAUCACAGCCCUCCUGUGAUGUCACCUUUUGAUUUCCCCCUCAGUGGAAACCCUCAGAACCUUUCCCCGGUUUCUGUCCGUUCACUCCUGCUCAGGUCCUCUCCCAAGUCUCCGAGGUUGGAAUUAAUUGAAAUUGAAUCCAUGAAAGUAUUAGGCGAUCCUUAUUUUAAAAAACCAGAAAACUUGCAAAAGUUGUCAUCAGCUUGUGCUAAAAUGGAGAAGUUUGCAAAUGUUAUGCUGCAGUAUGGAUACAGAGAAGAAUCAGUAGAUGUAAUGAGAGAACAUACCGAGAUACUAAUGAUGCUCAGUAAAUACAGUGAGGAAGAGGAAAAGAAGCACCAUCAUCUAUUAAAUGCGUACUCACUGAUCAAGAAGGCCAUCUUGAUUGAAGAAGAAGCCUUCAGUGACCUGAUGAGCUUGUUGCCACUUAAAGCGAUGACACAUUUAAGUUUGCCUCUGAUGAGGAAGCUGGCCUCGCUGAAGUUAAUUUUUGUGCAGUUGUCUUUGAACAUGCUCCAUUUGGUUAUAAUGAAAGAUAAAAAAGAAGCUGAAGCAGCAAGACAGAAAGGAUUGCUCCAGCUCAUUGUCGAGGAAUUCAUUAGUUCCACACCGGAUUACACACCGGUGGAAAAGGAAUGGGUAACUGUAGCCAGGUCACUGGGACAAAAGGCUCUGGCUCAACUUGAGAGUGCACAUAACCUGAGCAAUGGCUCUGAAGAAAUUAGAUCCAAAUGUCUCUAUCUAACUGGCAGGUGCCUGCGGUUGUUAUCUGUACAAGUAGACCCAAUUAACCCAGGCUUCAAAUGGGUUCAACAAAUGCUACAUGAUUUGGGGGAAAAUAAUGAUCUCGCAAAACCGGCCAAAUUUACAGAAGAGAAUGAAGAAAUUGAAUCAAAGUCUCAGCAUGUAGAUUUGCAGCUCUCUGCUGAGGAAGAAAGUGAACAAGAGGAAUCAAAAUAUGAAAGUCCAGAUUUACAACUUUCUACCUAUCAAAUAGAAAAAUGUGCUGCAAAGGCUGCACGUCUUAAGAAGGAACGAGCAAUAGCUCGGGUCUACUUGGUUCAUGCCAGUGAAGUUUUGAUCCAGUCCAUGAACCUGGCAUUAAACAACCAGCUUACUCAGAUUUUAGCAGCAGCCAGUCUUGACAUGGUUGAAUGUUUUGGCCAAUUUGAUCCAGUUUCAGCAACUCAGUACUUAGCACUACAUCAGAGCUGCACGGCUUCAAUGAUGAUGAAAGAUGUCUUGAUGAAAGCAGGAUUUGACACCAGCAGUUCCCAGCUUGCAGCACUUGCACAUCUUCAACAAAGACUGCAAGAAGAUGGAACCAUGAAAAAUAUGCUCAAGACAGUUAAUGAAAGACUUAAAACAAAAUUUAAGGCUUGGAAGAAUGUCACUGUUCAGCUACAGCACCUUAGUUUCCUGAGUGAAUUUCCUUCUAACUUUAAUGUAUUUAUUCUUCAGCACUCUGAAGACAGAUCCAUGCUAUAUGGAGCACUUCUUGAGAAACCAAAAUCAAGAACUAUUGAGAAAAAGGGCAAAGGCAGUCAAAAUCCAAGUCCAACACAAGCUAAAAUUGUUCGUACUUCUGUAAAUCAUGAAUUAUUUUCAAACAUAUUGGCCAGAAUCGCCAGUUAUAAGCAGAAGCUUGCACAGUACUUUGUAAAACUCGAAUACCAGCGUAAUUACAAGAUGCAAAGGCAGGACGGAUUUCAACAUUUUGAAAAAAACAUGAAUCUAGAUGUUAAAGGCAAAAGUAUUCAAGGAUUUGAACUCAGCCUCGAUGCAGAUUUCUCCAGUAUUAUUGAAACUAUGGAGGAUUACCUGAAUCCCGUUCUGUCACAGUUUGACCUUACAUUUUCUCCUCAACCGUCUUCCCCAGUAGCACCCUCGGAUUCAGCGAAAUCAAAAUCCAAAAAGAAAGAUGAAAAAUCAGUGGGUGAAAAGUCAACUCCAGGCCAUUCUCAAGAGUUAGGGGAAUUUAUAAUCAUCUUGGCUGACAAACUAUUGUUGGAACUGCCUUUGGAGGUUUUGAGUGUUUUGCAGGAGGAUACAAUCGCCUCAGUAUCAAGAGAUUUUUCAUUACAGUUGCUAUACAAUCGCCUACACAAAGAUGCAUCAGACACUGUACACAAGGACACAAGAAGUGCGAAAGCAAAAGGAGAUCACAAGAAAGCCAUUAAAAUGGUCCCAAUUAACCGUGUUGUGCCAUCAAGCUGUUUUCCAGUGGACACUCACAAUUUCAAAUAUAUUGUGGAUCCUUAUGAUGAAACUAAUGACUCAGGAGAGCUCAGUCCUGUGAAAGUAAUGACAGACAUUAUAGAAAAAUACUCUUCACAGUUCACAGCACACUGGGAUGGAAUUAUGGGUAUUGACUAUGUUCCAAGUCAUGCAGAUUGGGAAGAGAUGCUAAAAAGUUGCAGUGCAUUUGUCUUUUAUGGAACAGAGCGUUUUCUUGCAAAUGUAUUACCUUCAAAACUCAUUUCCAUGAAUCUUCCAGAAUGCCAGUUGAUGAUUAUUCUGGACCUGGCUCAAACAUGUCAAAGUUUUCGUCAUCAGUCCGUUCUGGACAGACCAAAGAGUGCAAUGCAGCUGUCAACAGAGAAACAAAUGGAUGCAGCAAUACUCCUAAGCCUGACUGGAGUUCGCUCCCUUAUGAUGAAUCAGUGGCAUAGUACACUUCAAAACAAUGCCAAAACAUUCAAUGAACUUGCAAAAAAUUUGUUAGAAGUUGGCAAGACAACUGGCCAAACAAUUCUUGAAAUAAUCAAGUCAGGAGCACAAAAUGAUUCCACAAAUGGUGAUGAAUUGCCUUAUAAGGAUCCAGAUGCUUUAGUGGAAGAUGAUUCCUUAUCCAGACAUUUUACCUUCCAGACAAGUAACCUUCCAGACGAAUUUCACAAUCAGCAAACUGCUUUUAAUUUCAUCCUUUAUGGACUACCAAAUCUAAUUGUCACCUAGUCCAUUGAAAGACACAAUAUUAAAUCUUCUAUUAUGCAGCUUUGCUAUCUUUUUGCUGUAAGCUGCUAGGAAUCAAUACACAGUUGAUCAAGAGUACUCUCUCGUUCAACCUCACCAAUCCAAAAUGC